CGCAGGAGAUGACUUUCAAAUCGGCGAUUUGCGCAGUUGUUGCCGCCAUUUUUUAUGAACGCAACUAACCCAACGUGUCAACAGUAUUUCUACAGACGGCGUGGAGAGGAGAGGACACGGAGCUGGGAUGCUGGACUUAAUUAAUGAGACGUUACAGACGACUUUGAAUUCAUACUGUGCGUUUUUAUAGCCGAACACGUUGGCAGUAGAUAUAUUAUUAAAUUAUUUAAGCCGCUGACAGCACCAUGUUUCGGCAGACGAAGGCGGUGCUCCAGAAACUUCGCUAUGUGAGUUUCAACGGGCAGCAGAGUACCUGGCGACUAAAGAGCACUUCAGCAAUAGAGAGGGCCAGUCAGUACCGACCCGGACAGAAAAUCCAUGGAUUCACAGUCAGAGAGGUUGUUGCCGUCCCUGACUUGUUCCUGACCGCAGUGAAGUUGACCCACGAUAAAACUGGAGCUCAGUACCUCCAUGCAGCCAGAGAUGACUCGAAUAACCUCUUUAGUGUCCAGUUCAGAACGACCCCCAUGGACAGCACAGGGGUCCCACACAUCCUGGAGCACACGGUGCUGUGUGGAUCUGAGAAGUACCCCUGCAGAGACCCUUUCUUCAAGAUGCUGAACAGGUCCCUGUCCACCUUCAUGAAUGCUUUCACAGCCAGUGACUACACCAUGUAUCCGUUCUCAACCCAAAAUGGAAAAGACUUCCAGAAUCUUCUCUCGGUCUAUCUGGAUGCAGCUUUCUUCCCGUGUUUACGAGAGCAGGAUUUCUGGCAGGAGGGCUGGAGGCUGGAGAAUGAAAACCCAACAGAUCCCAACUCCCCUCUGGUCUUUAAAGGAGUGGUGUUCAAUGAAAUGAAAGGGGCUUUUUCCGACAACGAGCGCGUGUACGCCCAGCAUCUCCAGAACAAGCUGUAUCCAGACCACACGUACUCUGUGGUGUCAGGAGGAGAGCCUCUAGCCAUCCCUGACCUUACCUGGGAACAGCUCAAGCAGUUCCACGCCACGCAUUACCACCCCAGCAACGCCAGGUUCUUCACGUAUGGAGAUUUGUCUUUGGAGCAGCAUCUGAAGCAGAUCGAAGACGAAGCUCUGUCCAAGUUUGAACGCAUCAACCCGAACACAGAGGUCCCCCCCCAGCCACACUGGAGCAGCCCUAGAGAGGACCAUGUGACCUGCAGCCCUGACGCUCUGGCUCCAGAUCCGGCCCGGCAGAACACGCUGUGUGUGAGCUACCUGCUGGGAGACAUCACUGACACAUUUGAAGGAUUCACCCUCAGCCUGCUGUCGUCUCUCAUGAUCUCUGGACCCAACUCUCCCUUCUACAAAGCUCUCAUCGAACCCAAUAUAGGAACUGACUUCUCCUCUGUUGUAGGAUAUGACGGCAGCACCAAAGAGGCGUCGUUCAGUAUAGGACUGCAGGGAAUGGCCGAGGAGGACACCGAGAGAGUGAAGCAAAUCAUCAGCCAAACCAUCAACGACAUCAUCGAGAGCGGCUUUGAGGAGGAAAGAAUCGACGCUCUCCUGCAUAAGAUCGAGAUCCAGAUGAAGCACCAGUCCACAAACUUCGGCCUGUCUCUGGCCUCGUACAUUGCAUCAUCGUGGAACCACGACGGCGACCCGGUGGAGCUGCUGCAGAUCAACGACAGCGUUGCCAAGUUCAAACAGACCCUGAAGGAAAACCCUCGCUUCCUCCAGGACAAAGUCAAGCACUACUUUAAGGAGAACACACACAGGCUGACCCUGUCCAUGAGUCCGGAUGAGGUCUACUUGGAGAAACAGGCCAAAGCCGAGGAGGAGAAGCUCCAGAAAAAGAUCCAUGCUCUGUCAGACAGCGACAAAAAAGACAUCUAUGAAAAAGGUCUGGAGCUGCUGGCUGCUCAGAGCAAAACGCAGGACGCCUCCUGUUUGCCGGCGCUGAAAGUGUCUGACAUUGAGCCCACGAUCCCUGUUACUCCUGUUCAGAUCAGCACAGCAGUCGGCGUACCGGUGCAGUACUGUGAGCAGCCCACCAACGGGCUAGUUUACUUCAGAGCCAUGUGCAGUCUCAACACACUGCCGGAGGACCUCAGGCUCUAUGUCCCGCUCUUCUGCAGCGUUGUCACCAAGAUGGGCUGUGGAGGUCUGGACUACAGACAACAGUCCCAGCAGAUGGAGCUGAGGACUGGGGGCAUGUCUGUCUCCACCCAGGUCGUCCCUGACUCCACCCAGCUGGACAUGUACGAGCAGGGUGUCCUCCUGUCCUCUUCCUGCCUGGAGAGAAACCUUCCUCACAUGUUUCAUCUGUGGAGCGACAUAUUCAACAACCCCCACUUUGACGAGGUGGAGCGCCUGAGAGUGCUAGUGAUGAUGUCAGCACAGGAGUUAGCCAAUGGGAUCUCCUACUCGGGCCACAUGUACGCCAUGACACGUGCAGGCCGUCACCUGACUCCAGCAGGAGACCUCAAUGAGACGUUUGGUGGGAUGGAACAGGUGAAGUUUAUGAAGAGGGUCGCUGAGAUGUCCGACCUCAGCCAAGUCAUCCGAACGCUCGUCAGGAUCAAGAAGCACCUUCUCAACCCCGACAACAUGAGGUGUGCGAUCAACGCUACUCCACAGAAAAUGUCGGACACGGCAGCACAGCUCGAGAGCUUCAUGAAGGACGUGGCUGACAACAGAAAGGAGCGCAAACCGGUCAGAAGUAACAUUAUUGAGCUGCCUCUCGACCCAUCGGAUGUCUCGGGGCUGAGCCGGAAACUCAUCUCUGAGCACAACUUCCAGUCGUGUCAGAUGAAAACGUUCUUCCAGCUUCCCUUCCCUGUUCACUUUAUCAGCGAGAGUAUUCGUACGGUUCCCUUCUCCCACCACGACUACGCCAGUUUGUGCAUCUUGGCGAGGAUGAUGACGGCUAAGUUUCUGCAUGGAGAAAUCAGGGAGAAGGGAGGAGCCUACGGGGGCGGGGCCAGGAUGGGAGGAGGUCUUUUCUCUUUUUACUCGUACAGGGAUCCAAACUCGGUGCAGACCUUGUCUGCGUUUCGUCGAGGUGUGGACUGGGCGAAGUCGGGACAGUUCACCCAGCAGGACAUCGAUGAAGCUAAACUGUCAGUGUUCUCGGCCGUAGACUCGCCUGUGGCCCCCGCGGACAAAGGAAUGGGUCGCUUCCUCAGCGGAGUCACCGAUGAGAUGAAGCAGAAUCACAGAGAAAGACUUGUUGCGGUCACUCACCAAAGUCUGGUGGAAGUGGCUGAAAGAUACCUCGGCGUCGGUCAGAGGACGUGUGGAGUUGCUAUCUUGGGUCCAGAGAACGAGGCGAUUAAAAAAGAUCCCUCAUGGAUCGUAAAAUAAUCCAGUCUGUAGGUAACUUGUGAUUUAAAUACUCAACUGGACUUCUGGAGAAUCACAGCUGCAAGACUUAUUCUGUACUGAAUGCUGAAAGUCUACGGUUAGGAUUUUUUAUUAAAGAGUCAAAAAGCUGAAGCGCACAAUAUCAAGAGGAGGACUGAGAGCUGCUGUCAUGGUUCAGAUACGUCUUCAUUCUGUAUAUAUUUAAUGAAAUAUAUGAUCAUGUUGGAAUACA